CAGUAAGAAACUAAUGUUUACAGCACUAAUUCACCGUGAGUACACAUCUAGAUCUGUCAUCUCCAUCUGGCACGGCAAGCGAGGGAAAACAAGUGAACAGCAGCAACAGCACCGAGUGAGCGUCGGCGAGAUCAAAGUUGGCGUAGCUGUCAGAUUCCGGAGCAGAUUCGACGUGACAUUAGCCUACUGCGACUGGAGCGCUGCUAGAAUAAUGUUUAAGAAAUCGCCAACGAUGAAGACUAUUUUGGAACAGAAUCAAGUGAGGAUGUAGAUCUUGAGCAGAUUAUGGAAGUUUCAAGAACCAGAAAUGAAAAUUACAUAGUAUGGUGACAUCAUUGGUGGAACUCAUCCCACUUCUGAGUAUAUUCAGCGGUACCGCAUUUGGACACGGAUGUACAAAUGACAGGAUAUAUCAUAGCGUAGAAUGCAUACUUCAUACAACACAGCAUACUUUGGAAGCAAAAGGUCAUAAGGUCAGAUGAAACAAUCGUUGGCGAAGCCCAUCCCACUUCUGAGUAUCC